GCCAUUGCCAUAGCUUCAGAAAUGCAGAGUACAGUUAAAGAAGAGGAUUGGAUUAAUAGAGCCACAAACGAAGAGUUGCUUGAAGCUAUAGCAGAAAUACAAAGCCAUAUUCCUGAAGAAUCAUUGGAAAAUGAGUGUUACAAGAGCUUUCUAGGCAAACUAGAAAUUGAAACAGAGUUUGUGAAAUAUAUGUAAAUAAUGUUUAUCACUGCAAAUCAUCAGGAAAGUUAUGCCAUCACUGAGUAGGAGGGCAUCAUUGGUGAGAAAGCGUUCAAAGAGUAGGAGUUCUGCUAUAGAUAGGUUUGUCACGUUGACAAAUGAACAGAAAUGUCUUAUACUACAAGCACAAUAUGAAGACCUCAAAAACGAAAGUGAACAGACACGAAUUAGCUUUGAAAAAGCAUUGGAUCUACAAAAAGUAAUAUAUGUGUGACUCAUAUUAAUGGUACUGUCCCAUUUUCAUCAGGCUAUUUCUGAAGAGUUGAAAGCACGUCAAGAAGAAAUCCUGAAAAAUUAUAACCAAUUUUGCAAACUAGUGGGAAACAAGAAUUCAUCUGAGGGUCUUCAAGUUGUUCCAGCUGAGAAGGUCCUACGUUUUUCGGACGACUACUCGAAAUUUCUUGACACUCAAUCGGAUAAACUUCGUUUGAAAAAUAGUUCUAUAAAAAGUACUUUGAAGAAAUUUGAAGAACAGCUGAGGCAAAAGGAAUCUGGUGAUGUGUUAGGUGCUGUCGAUUUUGAACAGAUGAAGAUAGAUAACACUAAAUGUCUUGCAGAAAUCGAUGAAAAAAAUCAUAAUAUUCAGAAAAUGAAAAUAACUGCUGCAAGGACACUUCAAAUCCUAAAUGGAUACAAAAAAAAGUUAAAUGAAGCAUUACAAGAGGAGAAAUACAUUAAAGAAGAACAAAAGCAACGUCGAGAAAUGCAAAAGCGCGUCGAAAGUGAGACCAUCCUAGCAAAGCAGGAAUUACGAUUGGAAAGAACUCUUAACGAAAAAUUCGAGGACCAAAUCUCAUCAUAUCGUGUGCCAUCUGUAAUCGAUUUUGUAAAAUUGGUUAGCGAAGAACGAGAUUUAACACGCAAACAAAAUAUAUACACUCGAAGACUAAAGAUAGCAGAAGUGGAACUACAUUGUCAAAAGAAACUCUGGUUGAAAAAACAACGGGGUAGCCAUAAUGAAACAAUUUAACCGAUGGCGUCUACGGAACAGCUUCACGACUACUUUUGAAAAUAGAAUUUAUCAGGAUGAUAUUUAUUUAUUUAUUCAUCGUAAUAAACAA